CUACGCAAAUACAAGCGGCGAGCAGAGAAACCCUAAAUUGAAGAGAAGAGAAGAGAAGAGAAGAGGAGUGAAGAUCGAGAGGAAGGGUUUACGAUCAUGUUUCCGGGAAUGUUCAUGCGCAAGCCAGAUAAAGCUGCAGCACUCAAGCAGCUGAAAUCUCACGUCGCCAUGUUCGGAGCAUGGGUGGUUGUUAUUCGCGUCACCCCUUACGUUCUGCACUUUCUCAGCGCCGAGAAAGAGGAGCUUAAGCUCGACCUUUAGGUUCUCAAUCUUCCUCGUCAGUUAGUCUUGAGGAGUAGGAUAUGUCCUUGGGUUCGGGAUUCUCGUGGAGUAUGGUUUUUGUAACCCUUGAAAUUGUGAGGCCAUGAUGAUAUAUUUAUGGUUUAAUUAUAUUCCCUUCGCACUUGGAAUAUAAGUGAGUUUGGAUAAGUAGUGAAAAAAUAGACAAUUUCAAUAAUCAUUUAUAGAUGUAGUCAAUUAUUGUUAUAAUUGAUUAUAUGAAAUUUAUUUUGGGGUGUAUGUUGAAAGUUUGUUUUAAGCUAAUAUAUAUUUUUUAAUUCGA